GUUGCACCGGAGUGGGUGGAUUACACUGCAUUCUGCCGCUCAUGCCGUUCAAAGGCCAGAUUGGACGAAUGGCUCAGAGGAUGGGGAACAACCUGGAGAGUGAGCGAAGGGAAAGGGGUAAAGCUGGAGGUUUCUUCUUUAUAUUGGGGCGACCCCUCGACAUCACCUGGGGUGACAGGGACGCGCAGAACAUCACCACCUACGCUAUUCCAACAGCGAACCAACGGCUCCCCUAGGACAGCCUUAGCUCCUGUGGUAUUUUGUCGCGCGGUCUUUCCACCCUCUGAUUGCCCGUCAUGGAUACGGUCAAAAUGGCGCUCGAUUCACCCAAACUGCAGGGAGAUGCAUGGGCCAAGAUGCUGGAUAAGGUCGAGUUGACGCCUGAGAUGCUCGCCAAGACCUUCAAGGAGUUCGGGGAGAGUCCUGAGAAGCUCCGAGCCCUGAUGAACCUCUGGUUUGUCCCAUGGUUCAAACCUACCUUUGUGGAGGACCCGAAGUAUGCCGUUGCUGGUCUCCGGGACGUCGAAUUCCUUUCGGCUCCCGACCUCCCUCCGUCCCAGCUCCCCUUCCGCAUGUUCGACAUUGACACGGGCGACCUCGUAGAGUUUCCCGCCAUCGGCGUCCGCGGGCAGUAUUGCAUGCUAUCGCACCGCUGGAAAGGGGAGGAACUCACGCUCGACUACAUCAAGGACGCCCGGAGAAAAGCAUUAGAACGUGCCAAGGAGGACUCCGGGGAAAGCAACGCGAGCAACGACGCUGACAUGAAGAGCGAUGUGGACCUGGUUCUAGAGCAGUGCAAGCUCGACCUUAAGGAGCAGGAGAGUCUGAUCAAAAGGCUGUAUGCCAAGGGUCGAUCUGGUGAAAGCGCCAACGUCGAUGACCCCAGCAUUAGCUACCUCCUGAACCGCCGUCUCAAGGCCAUGAGCGCUUCCGACAAACUCGGAUGGGCAAAGGAUGGAGUGGACCAGGCUAGGACAAAACUGCGCUUUGCGGAGAUGGAGAGCAAGAUAUUCAGCGAUCUCGCCGGCAAAAUGCACGAAAAGGUUGAUGAAAAGAUGAAGGAGUACUUGGGAGAUUCUGACGGAAAGGGGGAUGGGACACCUAGCUCCACAUCUAGCAGCGAUGUUGGCAGUGAGGUAGUCAAAGACGUCCAAGGCGAGUUGAGGAAGGCCGAGGCGAAACUUAAACAGGCGCAAGCGACAUAUGAUGUCGUAAAGGCCGACAUCCAGUACUUCCAGAAUCAGCACCGUCUCCGCGAUGCCCUCGACGAGAUGGUCCGGCGUCUCCAGAGAUGGAAAUCGGCCAUCAAGAUUAAGGAGUCCAUUAGGAAUGCCGAUCACAUUUUCAAGUACAAGCAUUUUCAGCAGCGGGAGAAAUGCUACUUCUGGACGGACACAUGCUGCAUCGACAAGAAGGAUGCUGGAGAGCUGUCACAGUCUCUGUCACUGAUGGGUGACUGGUACGCCGCCGCCGAGUUCACUUUGGUGCAACUGGACAGUCCGUCUGACGAGGCGGAUGCUGUGGAAGACUGGGAUCUUUUCGAAGCCAACAGGAGCACGGGAGCGUAUCAGAUUGUCCUGGGAGACUCGAAGCCCAACAUUGACGGCUUCGAGAAAAUCCAAAGCUCGAAACUGGAGUGGUCUACUCGGGCUUGGACGCUCCAGGAACUGAUCAUGAGCAAAACAACCUUCUACGCCAACUCCCAAUGGACACUCCUAAGCCGGCCGGUUGAGAGUCUGGGAUACCUAUACUACACGAUUCCUUUCAUUGCUCUUUACACACGCGGAGACACCGGGAACAUCUACCUGCCCUCCGUCACUGCUCCCGGACCCCAAGGGUUCUUGAACGCGGAAAUUCUGAAGCAGGACAUUCUUCGCGAUGAAGAAGCGGGGAGUAGCUUACAGAAGUGCAUCGAACGCAAGCACACAGGUCGCUCCGGGAAUCCGAAGGACAUCGAGGCAACCGCCAGCCAUGAGGCCGCAAGAGUCGAGACGGCUCAGCAGAUAAUCGUUCUUCUUGGAGCGCUUGGGGUCCGAAUCCCCGGUAGCCUGACCAUGGAAACCGCAACCUCUGCAAUUGCCCGGGCCGUUUACCUUGCUUCAGCUGACUUCAGCCGCGACAAAAGAAGGAACACCAAGGAAUACACCGAGAAGCGCGAGCUCCUUGCCCGGGUGAAAGACUACCUUCCACGACUCCCCAAACAGUUUGAAGAGCAGGAGAAGGAAGGAGAGGUCAUACAACACACUAUCAACUUCCUUCUUCAGUGUCUGGUUGCCGAGACUGAAUCUCUCAUCCUCGCGGACCGGAAGUAUGUGGCAGAGUUCGGACAUGUCCACCAGCUCAGCGGGUGGCAGCAGGGAAUGCGCCGGUCUGGGUUCUCUGCCCAGAGCGUGUUGGAAGUGUCAGGAAAGCGCGAUGCGAAGAUUGCCACUGACAGAUCCUAUGCACUCAUGGGCAUCUUGGGGGUCCGGUUCCCCACGUUCCCUGCGGAAGGCUACAUCAAAGCCCUGGCUCGGCUGUUGGACGAGGUCGUGAUCACUCACAACGACAUCUCGGUGUUCAACUGGACGGGCAUGGAGAUCGGUAGCCCCAUCCGUGGAAGGUCGAUGUACCCUGUUUCUCAUGCAGCGUACGGAAAUAUCGAUGAUCGGAGCCGGCGGUACAACCUUCUUCUGUCUGAACGUGUCCAGGUGAAGAUGAACGAUAUCGUGGCUACGUAUCAUGUCAUCAUUCAGACGUUACGGAACGCCAUUGAACUCGCCAAAGACAAGGAGCACACGAACCUUCCGCUGAACUGGCUGGAGCGGAUCGUGCAGCUUGUCCAAAAGACCGGCUUUCAGGAGCUCAAGCAUCAGCAGGAGGUCUUUGCCAAAAUCAUUGGGUAUCUCAGAGAACACUGCAGAAGGGAGAAAGAGGUGCGGGAGAAAUUGAAGAAGGAGAAAGAGACAAAGGCGGCUGAAGCUGCGGUCUCUCCUCCGCCAGCCGAGACCCGGCCCUCGCCUUUCAAGCGGCCCACUGUGCCUUCAGUGCCAUUGAUGUCAUCGCCCCCAUCGCUCCUGACCUCAACCUUCCCUCUACGGGGGAAGUCCUCGCCACCAGCCAAGAAGGAAGAGGCGGGCUCCGAGGGUGUUGGAAAGAAAGGCUCAAGGGUCCCCCUUGGGAAGAGCAUGAAAAUGCCCUCUUUCAGUCGUUCCAAGAAGGGCAACAACGAUUCGUCGCCGGCGGAAGAACCAGCGGCGAAGGAAGUUCCGGUGGAGCCACCAACUCCACAACCAGCAGAGGCCUUCCCUGAUGCAAAGCCGACAGACAUCGUCACCGAUCCGCCGCCGCCGUACGAGGAAGCUCAAACUUUACCCCCCGGGCCAGCAUGGCAAGCUGUUGAUCAAGUUGUGAUGGAGUAUCUGGUCAGGCCAACCGAUCAGCUCAAGUCAAGUCUGCCCGCGGAGCUUCAGGACAUCAAGGCUGAGCUGCUCGAAGACGGUGGAUUUAGUGCGUACACCAUCCAGAAGCAUGCCUCUCAGGGGCAGGACCUGGAUACCAUCUCACCAAACCCCAUCAUUGUCAACAACUCCGGAAUUGAGGGUCUCUUCGACAUUCAGCGCGUCAUCAUCACGAUGAUCGACCCCGACAAGCUGCGGGGGCAGAUCGCCAAAGCCGCCAGUCCACAUAAUAAGAUAUCCGGUUGGUGCUCCAUCAGCACCGGCUUCGCGCGGGUAAUCACAAGUUUUGCCUGCGAAGGUGCUGCGUGA